AUGCUGACUGAGACCCUUGUGAAGCUCAAUCAAUCUCAGUCAGUAAUCAAUCUGUCUGAAGGUGUUGUUUCUCAGUUUUGGUCUAAACUUCAGGCUUACUUAAAGCAAAAAACAGAUGAUGAAGCUGUUGCCAAAUUUUAUGACACGAUUGAAUCAGAUGGAAGACUUCAUGUUUCUAAUACCAAAAAUAUACCAAUGAAGAGAGGAAUCACAUGUUUGAGAGGCAUUUCUGCUCAUGGAGUAUUAGUUGAGUUUUUACCUAUUUCAAGAGUAUACAAGUUUGAAUCAAGUGAUCAAUCAAAUUAUAUUGAAAAGAAUCAGGAUAAGAACUUGAAACAAAGUAUAAUCAAUCAAUCACUUUUAUCCCAUAACUUCGAAAGCUUGAUAUUGGCCAUAUUUAAACUUAAAUACCCUGAUUCAAAGUUACCUGUUGAUGAAUUCUUCAUUCUCUUGAUUAGAGUACUUCUGAAUUGUUUAAUAUCAGAAUCUUAUAGAUUUCAAGUUCAUAAUUUAACAAGUCAUAACUCAGAAAUUAGAGCACAGAAGGAAAGUAAUCAUUUAUUAGAUAGUUGUGAAGAAUUAGCCUUAACUAUACUUUCAAUAAUUCCAGUUAAUGAUCGUAUUACUAUUAUAUUUGUCAAAUUAAAGGAAGAUUUAUUUAACUUGGCUAGUAUUUGUGCGGUCAAUUUUAAUGUUUUAAAUAAUAGACUUCAAGAACCUAUUGGUAUUAGUUUUGAUCCUACCUUUUCAUUAAUUAAUCAUAGCUGUAAACCCAAUACAGUUUUAAUAGCUUGUGACGAUGAUAAAACUCUUCAAUUGAUUACUACCAGAGUUCUAACCAAAGGCGUUGAAUUAAAGACUAAUUAUUGUUUUACAAAUUUCCCUCAAGAAAUUAGAAAAUUGGAUUUAAAAAGAAGAUUUUUCUUUGACUGCAAAUGUAAUUUAUGUUCAAAAAUUAUUGAUUAUUUCUUUGCCUAUAUUUGUCCAAAAUGUGAAACUAUAAUUCAUACUAUGAAUAUGUCCAACUGUUUUGAUGCAAUUCUUCCUGAUUUACUUCCUAUAACAUGUCAAAGUUGUCAACAUGAGAUUAAUAUCGAGAAAUUUAAAGAAUGUGAAUUAUGGCAUAAAUUAUUACUAGCUAUGAUUAUAACUUGUGAUGAUGAUGAUGUUGAAAUUGAAAAUAUCGAACAACUUAAAGAAAUAAUGAUCCCAUUACUUGAAACUUUAAGAGAUAAGCCAAUUACAACAGAAGGAUUAACUGCAUUAUAUUUAGAUAAAGCACAUUUUUACACUAUGAAUUCCAAACGAGCAGUAUUAUUCAAACAAAUCAUUGAUAAAUUGGUUAGUUAUAACAUAAUUCCAGGAUAUUGUUUUCCAUUAAAUUUAUAUAUUGAUAGUUUUGAUGUAUCUCAUUUUAUGCCAGAAUCAGAAUCUAAAACCAUUGGUUUUAGAUGUUUACAUUUAAAAUUCGAAUUAAGAAAGAAAUUUCUUGCUUCUAUUCCUUCUGAUAUUUCAGGUCAAAUGAAAGUUUGUAAUUCAUUAUAUGUUGAUAUUGGUCAUGCUAUUAUGAAUGUUUUAGUUGCUUUAUAUUAUGAUGGGGAACCUUCAAAUGUGCCUGAUUUAUUAUCCGAUUGGUUAAAUGGGAUUGAUUUAAUUAAUACACUUAUUAGAUGUGCAUUAUGUUUUUAUUUGCAAGCUAUUGAUAGUUAUUUAAAAUAUUCUAAAAAAACAGUCGAAGAAUUGACUAAUGCUAUAUAUCAAUUAAAAACCAUUAAUAAUCUUGCUUCAAAUCCAUUGGUCUGGAAAACAAAAUCAUUUAGUGAUGAAACCUUUUCAUGUUCAUUAAAGCAAUUAUUUCAAUAUGGUGAAGUUGAUCAUAAAAUUUAUUUUCAUAAGGGUAAUGAUCAAGUUAAAAUCAAGAUCAAUCUUGCUAAUGGAAGUCGAAUUGAUUUAUUCAAGAAUGUGAAAGAUCUUAAAAGUAAGUCUUUACAAGAAAUUCAAUAA